UCUUUUCGCGGACUGUCACUCAGUUUUCUUAUUUCCUCCUGUAGUUGAGUAAAGGUUGUGUUCUUCUUCGAACAUUUAUCAAAAUGCCAGAGGAAGCAGCAGCAUCUUCCAGCGCUGGGGGUGUGGAGGAGAAGCCCUGCUCGUCCAGCGCCGCAGACAGCUCUGUGGAUGUAAUGGAGGAGGCAAAGAAGCUGAUUGGUACAGGGAACAGGCAUCUGGUUAUGGGAGAUGUUGUGUCGGCUGUCGGUGUGUUUCAGGAGGCCUGCGGAAUGCUAGCUGAGAGGUAUGGUGACACAGCUGAUGAGUGUGGGGAGGCUUUCUAUCUGUGUGGAAAAGCCCUGCUAGAGCUCGCCAGGAUGGAGAACACGGUCCUGGGGAAUGCUUUGGAGGGAGUCCCAGAGGAGUCCUCUGAAGAGGGGGAGAAACAGAAUGACUCCAAGAUUGAGAGUGCUGACAACCUGGAUGAUGAUGAUGACGAUGAUGAUGAUGGCGACGAUGACGAUGAUGAAGAAGCUGAAGGUGACAAGGAGAGUGAAGAGGAGGUUGGAAAUCUGCAGUUGGCUUGGGAGAUGCUGGAGGUGGCAAAGGUGAUCUACAAAAGGAAAGAAAGCAAAGAGGACCAGUUAAUGGCAGCACAGAUCUUCCUGAAACUUGGAGAAGUUGGUGCUGAAUCUGGUAACUACUCACAGGCCUUGGAAGAUUUCCAGGAGUGUUUAGUCCUACAGCUGAAGUACCUGCCCCCUCAUAGCCGCCUGCUGGCCGAAACACACUACCAACUUGGCAUGACCUUCAGCUACACUGGCCAGUACAGUCAGGCCAUCGAACAUUUCAACUGCUCCAUCAAAGUCAUCGAGAGCCGCCUGGCGAUGCUGCAGGAGGUGAUAGACAAGGCAGAGGGGACGGAUGGAGGGAAGGAGGAGAGGAAUGAGAUGGAGGAGCUGAAGCAGCUGCUGCCUGACAUAGCGGAGAAGGUGGAGGAUGCUAAAGAGAGUCAGCGGACUGCAGCAGUGGCAUCUGAAGCCAUCCAGCAGACACUAGCAGGAGCUUCCACUUCAUCUGCGUUCACUGGAGAAAACGGUGGUCCCUCUUCGUCCACAGCGAGUCAGAUCUCUGUGAAUCCAGCUGACAGUGCGUCUUCUUCCAAAUCUGCAUCGGAUAUAUCUCACCUGGUCCGGAAGAAGAGGAAGCCAGAGGAGGAGAGCCCAGAACAGGACAGUGAAGCUAAAAAGCCCAAACAGGAGGUCACAGUUAAUGGCAGUGGUGACAAGACGCCCAACGCCAAUGGAGUCCAAGAGAAAAUGGAGCAGGAGCCGGUGAAUUCCUCCUCUUCCUCAGUGGAAACCUCGGCAUGAAGGUGAUUUCUUGCUGACCUCAGAUCUUCCAACAGAGCAUGCCUGCCUCAGACAGUUUCUCUCCAACUUCUUUUUGUGUUUGUAAAUACGCCACUUUGGGUUCUUUUCUUUCUUUUUUUUCU